UUUUCAUCCCCCCCCCAAACUUUUAAUUUCCAUAAUUGUUUUCUGAAGUUGCUUCCUUUUUCAUUUUCAUUCUUUAAUUGUUGAUUUUGCUUGGUCUUAAUGAUUUCCUCCGACCGGCCUCAAUUAAUGUUUACACAGUUGACAGUUAGCUGGCAGUUUCCAGUUUCGUCCCACCCGCCAUUACUGUACACCAGCCUUGUUCUCAAUCCAGUACAACUAGAACAAUCCCACACCUUGCUGUUACUGUUCACCUUUUAAAAUCUUGUUAAAAGGAAAUCAAUUUUAUUGGUUGGCUUUCGUUAUUAUAUAUGCUUUUUAAGUCAUCUGGAAAGGUCUUGGAAUCCGUUAUGCCCAAGGAAAAGGGGUCUGUCUUGGGGGUGUCACGUCAGGUGGGCUUGUCUCUAGUUUCAGUGGACAGAAUCAUUUCUUUUUGUUGAGAUCUGCAACCUGGGUGGUGGAGAUUUCAGUCUUCAAGUUCUGGGUUUUGUUCAGAAUUUUGGAAAGAUGGGAACUUGAACUGGGCGGUGGACUUGUGGGCUGAAGAGAGGUUUUAUGGGAUGAUACUGUAAUCUAUUGGUAAUACCUGGAUUAGAUAGCCAUCACAACUUUCUGAGAGGGCUCUUCGUAGUUUGGCUGGAAAUGCAAAGAUGGAGAAAAAGAGAAAAAUCACUCAAUACAGAGAGAGGCUGGACAAGACACUGACAUCUCCUAAUCUAACAAAUAAGGAGGCUCUAAAAGUCCUUGUCAAGGAUCAGCUUUUGCGUUCUUCAGAAAAUGAAAUUGAAGGUUGUAAUGCAAAUGUGAUAGAAGAAAGGACGGCUGAGGUGUCAAAUUUGCUUGACAUGUUGAGGAGUGUUUCAGUUGGUGAUGACGAGCAGUUGAAAACUUGUGAUACCCCAUCACGUCCUGAAUGGAAAUUAAAACAGGACAAUGAGGAGUUCCGGGUUAUGUAUCGUGAGGGCAUCCAAGGUUCUCCAUUUCAUACAUUACUUGUUGAAGGUUACAUAGACGGGCCUGUAGAUGUCUGUUUGUGCAUCUCAUGUGAGGCAGACCUUUACAAGAAAUGGUGGCCUCAGUCUACCAUUCCAACUUUUAAAAUUCUCUAUGGGAAGUGUUUACAGAAGGUCGGGAUUGGCGAACAGAUAUCUGUAGUGAGGAUGAAGAUUCCGUGGCCACUUUCACCUAGGGAAGCUGUUGUGCACUAUUUUGUGUUUGAGUACUAUGAAGAUGACCUGGUUGUUGUUCUCUUGAACACGAUCUCUGAUUUUGGAGGCAUUGAUGGUGGCCUUAAAAAUGAGGCAACUGAUGGAGUAAAGGAUGCAGUUAGGAUAGAUGUAGUUGGUGGCUUUGCUUUGCAGAAGGUUACCGAUGAUAGAAGUUACUUUCGGACAAUAGCAAAUAUGGAUAUAAAGAUGGAUUUUGUCCCACCAUCCCUUAUAAAUUUUGUCUCAAGACAGCUCAUUGGCAACGGUUUCAGACUGUAUCAAAAGGUAGUGUCUUCUAAGCUUAAUCGUGAUGAAGAUUACAGCAAGGCUUUGAGAGGCCCACUAUACUCUCGCAUACGUGAAGCUCUUUAUUCACUUCAUGAAUCAAGCCGGCUUCUGGAGGGCAAAAAGUUAAACGGUGAUGCAUCCAAUCUCUCUGAAGAAAAUCUAGUUAAACAUAAAAUGAAUGAUUUGAAGUUGGUGGACAUGAAUGAGAAAGUUCAUAAUGAACACCUUGCAAGUGAAGCUACCCCAGAUGAUGCACAUGUUACUGGAGGAAACACUCUUUGUGAGAUUGAGGAGGUAGAGAGUGAAGAAAGCAAGACUGAGGAGAUUAAAAGCGAAAAAAGCAAGAUUGAGGAGUUAGAGGGCAAAGAAAGCAGGAAGCUUGAGGAUCAAACAUUCAAAAGAAUUCCCGAAAGGGGACAUGUAAUUGGAAAGAGAAACAUGUUCAUCAGUUCUGAGGUGGAAGAAGCUCUAGGAACAAUAGAAAAAGUCAUUUUGAGGGUUAGGCAAUAUAGGUUCAGCGCUGAAAUGCCGUCCUCUGGUUUCACCAAUGAAGUCUCACGAAAGGAAAAUGAUGGAGGUAACCCAGACUCCUUAGAAGAUGAAGUCCGCUCAAGUGAAGAUUUUUCUGCAGUACCUAAAAAUGAGGGCACUGAAGGGGCGUUGACUGCACCUCCAAGGAAUAGCAAUGCCAUUCAAAACAUAAGUUAUGCAGGCUCAAAUUAUUUGUCAAAGGAAGUUAACCAUAACAGAAUAGUACCUACUUCCCCAUUGUGUUCCUCCCAAGAUGGGAUUGUUGAGAGACCUGUUGUGGAUAACAUCGUGCAUAGUACUAACCAAAUUAGCUGCAAGACAAAUGACACUCAUCAAAGUAGUCACAGUAGGAGGAAGAAGUCACGGUGGCAAAGAAGGCGUGGGUUCUGUUGCUUCAGCAUCAGUUCAGGACAAAUAGAUUCGUAAGAGGCAAAUGAAGUUAAAGGUUGCAAGACUUGAGUUUUUUAGUCUCGCUCUACAUUUCUACAUUCUAAGCCCAAUUGAUUGUGUAAGGGAAAAAGAUGUAUCGGUAUAUUAUAGUAGCCAAUUGCAUGGUAAGUAAUAAUGGAAAAUUGAUUAUCCAGGUGCAGAGACUGUUUUCUCAUGGGACUUGUUUCUUGGUCACUCGUGGUUUAUAUAGUUGAUGGUUGUGAUUUGAUA